UAUUCUGUUUCGCUUUUAUUUAUUAUAACUUUACUUUUUUAUGUUGAUAUCACAUACGAAAUAAUUAUUGUACAGUUAAAGUGAUGUAGUUUUAGUUUAUUCAACAUGCCUGUAAAUAAACUACUAUGUAAAUUGUCCUUUACAUAUAGAGAUGUGAUAAGAAAAUCUCUCAUACCAUUUAGAAAAUUUAGUAACCAUAGCAAACUUCAAACAGGAUAUCUUUUUGUAGGUAAAACAGAUAGGUUUAAUGGAAUAACAGUAAAUACUGCAUUAGAAAAUUGUGAAAGAACAAACUUAACAAAAAAUCUUGAAGCUUCUAUACAGAAAUGGUCUUCAGAGGGAAAGAGAUGCAUUUGGUUUAAAGUUAACAUAAAAGAUUCCUUCUAUGUUCCAGUACUAGCAGAGAAAGGAUUUAAUUUCCAUCAUGCCAGAGAUGACUUUGUGAUGAUGUACAAAUGGCUACCCAUAGACUCUGCACCUAAUCUACCUCCGGCGUGUCACACCAAUUUGGGAGUGGGUGCUUUGGUGUUUAACAGCAGGAAUCAGCUUUUGGCCAUAUCAGAAAAACACUAUGAAUACCCUCAUUGGAAGCUUCCAGGUGGCUAUGUGGAACAAGGUGAAGAUAUAAAAGAUGCAGCAGUUAGAGAAGUAAAAGAGGAGACGGGAGUUGACUGCACAUUUGUCUCCUUGCUCACAUUUCGACACCAGCAUAAUAUGAUGUACAAUAACUCUGAUAUAUACAUGCUACUUAUGAUGAAAGCACUCACAGAAGACAUAGUUUUAUCGCACAGAGAAGUCAAAGAGUGUAAAUGGAUGUUUAUAGAUGAAUAUUUAAAUCAUCCGCAUGUCCACCAAUUCAAUCGUAUUAUUGUAGAAAAAGCGAAUGAAUAUAGAAAGAAAAAUUUGAGGUUGGAUUUAGAAAGGAAAACUGUAAAAUGGUCGCAAUACACAAGGGAGAUGACAUAUUUGACUAUAAAUGAUUAUGAUUAUAAAUAAAUAUAUUUCUUUAAA